AUGGAAGACGACGAUAUGGAUGCGUCGCUUGAUGGACCCAUGUCCAAGCGUGCGGUAAGUCGCAUGAGCCAGCCACCCAGAGCAGCGCCCAGCGAGAAGAAGAUUGAUAGAAUUGAAGACCGCUUAGCUGGUAUUGAGAAUGUUCUUGCAAGUCUCGCAACAAAACUCAGCAGUCUGGACCUCCAGAAAGACUCGCACGAAUCCAGCAGCCAAUCGCGGUCGAGCCGAGUUGGCCCUUCAAGGAGUCCUGGAAGUGUCCUCGUCGAAGCCCCCACACCCGCGCCAUUCGAGGGCGAGAGUUCUAUCAAUAGCCAGUCAGACUAUGCUCGCGAGAUGCUGGCACGAGCGAUCGGGAGUACACCCUCUAUUGGACAGAAUGAAGAAGUCAAGUUGGCACUUACUGCUCUUUCGGAGAUGGUCUCUCAGCACGGCCAAAACCCUGCAACUUCCAACCCCUUGAUCAACCAGUCACUUGUCGACAUUGACCCAUCGAAGCUGGAACGACCGCCUUGGGAAAUUGCGUGCUAUGCUUUGGAGAAAGCUAGUGAAUAUCCAACUAUGGCCUUCGCAGUGGUGUUUCCGUUCUUGAGAAUGGCCAAUCUCAAAGAGAUCUUCUAUGAUGUGUAUCAUAACCCAGAAACUUGUAGCGCCGCUCGCCGUGUGCUCACGUUCGGCGUGUUGGAGAACGUGUUCAACGAAUUCCGGACCUUGCCACUAGUCAAUAUGGACACCACCAACUAUCAAUCGUACGCCAUCAUAAGUCGCAGGCAAACAGAGGUAGCACUGUCGCAGCUAGCUAUAUUCUUACCGGCAAGCUACGAGAAUAUUAUGGCUUUGGUCCUUGGCGCUGCGCAGGCGGUCGAGAUGUGCAAGCCAUCUCUUUGCUGGAUCAUGAUAUCCAGCGCUGCGGGCUUGUGUCAGAGCUUGGGCUAUACGAAGAUCCAUAUCUUCUGGAUGAUCUACAUGCUUGACAAGACGCUUUCGCUACGUUUGGGUCGCUCAAGUAUCCUCCAGGACUGGGACAUAUCGUUACCGUUUGUAGUAUCCAGCGACCCUAACGACAAGCACGCCGAAUCAAGCGCCUUCUUGUCGUACUGGAUUAAGGUUGCGCGAGUCCAGGGCCUGACAUACGAGAAGCUAUUUUGCCCUGCCGCCUUUACAAGAUCUACGGAAGAGCGCACGCGAAUCGCGAUUGAACUUGUCAACAGUCUUAACCAAGCCUGGUACGAGCGUGGGGAUGCGUCGAUCGUCGACUUUUCGCAACAAGGCCAAACGUAUCAUCUCGGUACGCCGAGAUCGAACAAAAUAGGCAACAGUCCAAAUGAGACACCACUCCCGUCUCAAUACAAGCGAUAUGUGCACAAAUCUCAGGGUAAACAAGGAUCAGAAGUCAACGAAUACGUUCAGGGCACCGUUCACACCGCCGAUACGUCCGACGUUGAACCAGAUCUAAACUCCCUUUCCGAAUUUGUCGGCAGCCUGGAAUCUUGCCGCACAAUUUCCGAAGGUGCAGACAAGCUCUACAAGAUGUGCCAUCUUUUCCUACGAGUUGCCAGGCUCUACGUCACGGCUAAGAAACAGGAUGCUGCGUCAAGAUCCCGGGGAGUUAUGCAAAAUAACCAGUCAGGGUAUUAUACAACCGUUGAUGGCACGCAGCUGGACCUCAACGCAAUGUCCCAAUUCGAUCCGUACCUUAGUGCGCUUGGAUUGAUGCCUGAUACCGCAUGGCCCACGACAUAUCCCAACGCUUCCACUGCAGCCACGACGACCGCGUUUGAGCAAGGCGAGGCGAUGAAUAACAUGGAUGCCGUUGGUUCGUCCGGCUUCGGUUUUGGAGCGUCUCAGGGAAAUUCCAAUCCCAUGCAGGACUGGUUCUCAGGCUCGCGCUAUCUCAUGAACCUUAUGGAGCCAGGCGACGAUCUACAAAUGCCGGAUCUAGACCUGUAA